GAGUCUGCGGAAGUGCAGCUGCAGCACUGGCGGCUGAGACAGGUAACUUCUGUCAGUCAGCUGCUUCCGGUCACGCAGACCCCUGGGGAAACUGAAAGUUGUGGAAACAUAACUUGUGACAGCAGGGGCUUCUUAUCUGGUAAGCCAGCCAUUUGUGAUUCUGAAUGAUUGGAGGAGAUGGGAAGCCACAGCUGAGAUUCAGCAAAGCCACCAACUGCAGACUGCACCAUGGACAUAAAACUGGACCCUUCCCGGGAUGAUCUGCCUCUCAUGGCCAACACCAGCCACAUGCUUGUGAAGCACUAUGUACUGGAUUUGGAUGUGGAUUUUGGAAGUAGAGUCAUUGAGGGUACUAUAGUUCUUUUCUUUGGAGAUGGAAACAGAUUUAAAAAACAGAUGAGUUCCACCCAGAAAACCUUCCAGAUGGAGUCAGAGGAAGACUGUGCAUUUGGGACAGCUGAACCCUGCGAUGUUCCUAAGAUGGAUGCAAGUACCUAUUCACCUCAGAUGGGGUAUAGUGAAUUUGCAGUCUGUGGUAAAGGUGAUCAAGAUGCCUUCAAUAACGAUGGUAACUAUGACAACCGGGAACAUGAUUCUGAGAUCUCUAGCUCAAAGUACUGCUGUGACACAGAGAAUCAUGGGAGAAAGGAUUUCUUGCUAGUGUUGGACUGCUGUGAUUUAUCUGUGCUAAAGGUAGAAGAGGUGGACGUGGCUGCUGUGCCAGGACUUGAGAGAUUUACAAAGGCUCCCAAGCUCACAGCUACUCCUGAGAAGCUCAGGUGUGAGAUUGUCCGUCACCUUGUGGCUCUGCCUGCAGAUGGUUGGAGGGAGCAGUUAGAUUGCUACACUCGCUGCAGCCAGGCUCCUGGCUGUGGGGAGCUCUUCUUUGACACUGACAAUUGGAGCUUACAGAUCAGGAAGACAGGGGCUGAGACAGCUGCUGACUUCCCUCAUGCCAUCAGGAUAUGGUAUAAAACUAAACCUGAGGGGCAGUCAGUGACUUGGACUUCAGACCAGAGUGGCAGGCCGUGUGUUUAUACUAUGGGAUCCCCCAUCAACAACAGGGCCCUUUUUCCAUGCCAGGAACCACCCGUUGCCAUGUCAACAUGGCAGGCUACAGUUCGAGCAGCUGCAUCUUUUGUUGUUUUAAUGAGUGGGGAAAAUUCUGCCAAGCCCACACCACUUCGAGAAGGGUGCAUGAGCUGGUAUUACUACGUGACCAUGCCAAUGCCAGCCUCCACCUUCACAAUUGCAGUGGGAUACUGGACAGAAAUGAAGCCCAAGACAUCCCGAUCAGAUGAUCUGGUGACUGAGCGCCCUCUCCCGCUUUCGAAAGCUGACUUCAGGUAUGCUGAAACCUGCAGUCAUGUAGAAUACCCCUGCCGAUUCCAGAAUGCUUCUGCUGCCACCCAGGAGAUCAUUCCUCAUCGAGUGUUUGCCCCACUGUGCCUUGAGGGUGCCUGCCAAGAGGCCCUGCUGUGGCUGAUCCCUCCUUGCCUCUCAGCUGCGCACUCUGUCCUAGGAACACACCCUUUCUCCCGGCUGGACAUACUCAUUGUCCCUGCCAACUUCCCAAGUCUGGGAAUGGCCAGCCCACACAUCAUCUUCCUCUCUCAGAGCACCUUGACAGGCAUGAGCCAUCUCUGUGGGACCCGUCUCUGUCAUGAAAUUGCUCAUGCCUGGUUUGGCCUAGCCAUCGGGGCCCGGGACUGGACCGAGGAGUGGCUCAGCGAAGGGUUCGCCACUCACUUGGAAGAUGUAUUUUGGGCUGAAGCACAGCAGCUGCCCCCUCAGGAGGCCCUGGAGCAGCAGGAGCUGAGGGCUUCCCUGCGCUGGCGUCGCCUACAGGAUGAGCUGCGGAACUCCCCGGAGGAAAUGCAGGUGUUGAGACCCAACAAAGAGGAGACUGGCCAUGUGAGUGCUUCAGGUGCAUCUGUUGUCAAGCAUGGACUCAACCCAGAGAAGGGAUUCAUGCAGGUUCAUUACUUAAAGGGCUACUUCCUUCUUCGAUUCCUAGCAAGAACACUUGGAAAGGAAACUUAUUUUUCAUUUUUAAGGAAAUUUGUACACCUGUUUCAUGGGCAGUUGAUUCUUUCACAGGCAUACUACAAAAAACGGCACAUUGGGACCCCUGGUGUUGGCAGGAGCUCUCCUUGUCCAAUUGUAAUGUCAACUUCCUUCUCAGCACUCUGAACACAGUGAGGAGAAAGGAGGAGAUGGUGAGGGAAGACAGCUUCCUGAGGACACACUCAUUCUGGUUCAGCAGGCAGUGGUUAUAAAGGACUGCUCUCACAAGUCUACCCAGGGCAACGGCAGCCUACAAGAGGAAGCAGGAAAACUAGUGCUGUGUGGUUAGAUUUGAGUCUCUAAUAGGAGUAAGAAGAACCAACUGAAUCCAUUCUCCUCAUAGAUGCUUAAGAGACUUCAGAAACAAGCAUCUCAAAUUGGAUGGAGCACAAGACAGUGUAGAAAGUGCAUCACAAAUCUCGGGGGACAUCUUGGAGAUGCCCAGUGUGGUUGGUCUGUGUAAUAUCAGGCAUUGGUUGGAAGCCUCCAGCUAGCUGCCUGCCAAUCUAAGCUUGGAGGUAGGAAUCGACAGAUGCUCCAGAAUAGUAACUGACUAGGAGUCAGGACACCAUCUUUUUAAAAUAAAAAGGAGGAGGGGGAGGUUUUCAUAGGGACCUUCUUCACUGCCCCAUAUCCAGAUCUCUGUGCUUAUUCUCCUAUCAGAAGGGGAGGGGCUGUGAAGCUAGUUGUAACUUGAAAAUGUGAAAGGGUAGAAUUAAGGUUAACUCCGAAUUUCCUGCUUCUCAAGCAAUUAAAUUCUUCCCCCUUGUUAUUAAGUUAAUGCCAUCUCCCCCCCCCACAUAAUUGAGCAUAAAUUACUAGGAAAAUAGGAGAUAAGUUUGUAGGUACUAUAUAGACAUAAUGGGUAAAAUUAGUAAGAAGUUAUAAUUAGAGUUAUAAUUACAUAGUUACAGUUCUUGGAUUUUUAAGAAUCAAAAAAUCAAAAUCUUGUCAAUACGUCAGUGAUCCACUAAUACAGUGAUUUACAAAGAGAUCUAUUAAUUAGAUCAUGAUAAAUAAAUUUUUAAUGCACCAUUUUACAAAAUAUUGUUUAAUAAUAGGUGAAUACCUCACUACUAGCCUAUUUCCUUAGUCCCAGUAAUUUUUAAAAUAAUAGAAAUGAUGACCUUAGGGCCUCAGGCAAGGCUCGGGCGGCGUCAAGUACUGUCUGUGCAAGCAUGAGGACCAGGCUUGUCCCCAGGACCCGUGCAUAAGAGCCGGCCACCUCCUGUAAUCGCAGGAGGGGAGACUGAGGAAUGGUAUCCAAGGCUGGCUUCCAGUCUACACAUUCACAAAUGCGUAGCCCUCACCCCACACAAAAGAACCUCAAGGGAAAAAUAAUUCCUCACAUUCUAAAUACCAGUAUUGUUUUUCUUGAGCAGGUUUUUCUGUAUGUCCACUGUAGGUACAUUCGUGAGGCAGUAAACAGUCCAGGGCAGCCGCCUCCCAACACCAUUUCACUGCAUCCAUUGGUCUCCAAGUGGUGGCGAUGUUUGGGGAGGUUGUGGAACCCUUACAAGUCAGGACCUAGCUGUCUGAAGUAGGCUCCUGAGAGGCGUGGGCCUUGCAUUCCAUAGCUGUUCUGGCUCCAGCCCCUGCUUCCUGCCUCCUCCUCUGUACCGUGUGAGCAAGCCACCACAGUUGCAGUCCUCCAGCCACCAUGCUGUACGAGGCCUCAAAAAUUAUGAGCCACAGCAAGCCUCUCCUCUAUUAAGUUGUCUGUGUGAGGGAUUUUAGUCACAGUGGUGUGAGAGGUCUUUCAUUAGUUCUUUUAUUGAGGAACCUUCUUCACCUCUGGAAAGACAGCCCCCCAUAAGCCCGCAGGCUGGCUUUGCUCAUUCAGUGAUGGCUGGACUCAGUGUGGUGAUGGAAAAGGAGAACCUUGCCAUGCAUGCCGCUCUGCAUUCACUUACCUUUGCCGUCAGACCUGCUGUGUUGCAAAGGUCUGGACUGCUCCUCCCAUCCCCUGCUCUGGUAGUGUGUGCUGGCGUGGGCUGAAAGACCGCUUUUUAACCUUUUUAAUGUAUUUAUUUUUGUGAAUUUCAUAUAUGAGCGCUGUACUGUUUUUAAAGCAGGGAUUCACAUGGCUAACCUCAAGCUCCAAUCGAUUCUCUUGCCUCUGCCUCCUGAGUACUAGGAUCACAGGCAUGGGCUAUCACACGUGCCUUAAAAGUUUAUUUUCUCUUUGUUAAAUCUUCAAGGAUAGCCAGGUGUUGUGGCUCACAUCUAUAUGUGGUCCCAGCCAUCAGGAGGCUGAUCUGGAGGAUCAGCAUGGGCUACAAAUGGAGAAACUGUCUCAAAAACAAAAGUGACUAUACAAACUUAGAAAAACAAGAAACAAAAUUGUGUUCGUUACUGUUUAAAAGGAAAUCGUGUAAUGUUGACAUAGCAAAAGAUCCUAUGCAUAAAAAAAAGUAAAAGUGAAAACAAGAAAAAACCCUCCAGAUAAAGAUCCUAUUUGUUGUUUAAUGUCAUUAAUAGCAAAAAUGUUACGCUUCGUGCUUGCUUUUUCUCUUCUUUUGUGUCCUCCAACCCAUCUGACAUUCAGAUGGUGAGAAGCUUAUGCUGGAGUUUGCAUUCAGCAAAUAAAAAGACAGAGCAGAAAAGCCCAGUUAAGUCUGAACUUUAAGUAAACAAUCACUCUUAGUGUGUUUAUCCUCCCAGUUCAACUACGUGGCCUAUGUCUGACACACUGGGGAAGACCAGGUGAGGAUCCCAGAGAUGGGUGGGAAAGGUGGCCACGGUAAAAAUAUAAACUAAAUACGAGCAAGCGUUCAUAUUUGAACUUUUAGGUCCGUAAUAUUGUGGUUAUUCCUGACAGAGUCCUUUUAUUUUAGAGAGGUUUACCACGCAUUUAUGGAUAACAUUAUAUAAUAUUCAGGAUUUCUUAAUAGUUCAAAAGGGAGAAAAAUGGAUAGGACAAGGCAGGUUAGCUCGGGUAAUUUGAACAGGGUGGUUAAUUAUUCUACUUUGCUUUUAUUUGAAAUUUUCCACAAUAAAAGAAAGUGGCUUGGGAAAAAGGUGUAAGUCGUGACAUGGUACUGUCACACAUCCAUAGAUGUCCUGUGACUGCACAGACACAGGAGAGGAGAAGGGACUGAGUCUCAGACUGGGACCAUCUUUGUAGUUCAGCUGGUUCUUGCCCUGUUGAGUUUGGCCUCUUUCUAGAGCACUGCAUGUGAAUGGCAGGUGAGCUGUGUACCUCUAGGCGUUGAGGGAGACUUCAUGGCGAGCGCAUGAGAAAGUAAGGGGGCAGUUCUUUUAUGUGUGAUCAGACCCUAGGUGCAUUGAACAGUUUAUGCUUGGUUGCUGGCAUGGUUGGGGUCACUGGUGGACAGCUUUCAUGGUUUGCUUUCUUCUUA